AACUCUCUUUCUCUCUCACUCAACUUGCAGUAUCAGACAAGUAUAUAAAAUAGACUACUUGACAGCCCACACAAGAAACCAUAUUAAAAUUCUAAUCUUUAUUUAUUUUUUUUAAUAAAAAAAAUAUACCUGUUUUUUUCUUUCUUUCUUGUUCUUAAUCUUCUUGAAAUCUUCACAUUCUUGCUCAGUCUUGUUACUCUUGUAGAUGGGAUUUGCUUUUCCAACAUGAAAAACAUUGAAAUUUUUGAGUUUUGAUUUGUUUAUGGGGGUUUCUUGUGGGGUUUGUGUUACAUACCUGUAUAGUUUAUAUAAAUUCUUUUUUUUUUCCUAAUUUUUUGUAGGUGGGUUUGAGAUGGAUUGUUUGGUAGAGAAGAGUUAUAAACUGUGUGGGUGUGUGUGAGAGAGAAAGUGCAUAUGAGUGUGUGUAUUUGUGUUUCUGUUGUCGGCGCAGGGUCGCUUUCUGUCGGCAUUGUCUGUUUCCAACGAUGAUACAUACUAGAGAGGGAUUUAUUUACUUAAUUUUUUUAUUAAAAAGUACAAGGGAAUAGAGAGAUAGAAAGAUGCUUCUGGGGAUUCUUAAUUCAUUUGUUGUUGCUGUCUGAAACUGUCUUUGUAUUUUGUUUUGCUCCAUUUUUUGCAUGAUUUGGACCUGGCCAGAAGUAUUGGUCUGGGCGUGAUCAGUACUGGGUUUUCUUUGCUUUUUAUGUCAGUACUCUUUAUUGUUUGAUUUUACUUUUUUCUUAUUGUUUGGGAUUUCUGGGUUUGGUUGCAUGAGAUAGGGGAUUCUUUAUUUUCAAUGUGGGAUCCUUUGUUUUGGUGAUAAGUCUUAUUGGGAGAUUGAUAUUGUUUGAAAUUGGCAAAUGAAGUUGAGGUUUCUGGAGAUCUGGCUGCAUAAUUUCUCUGGGAAUACAGGUUCAAUGUACAGUACUUUGCAUCCCAGUCAUAGAUUACCUCAUAGCUAGAGUGGUUCCCAUACCAAAUGUCAGUGCCUCUUGCAGCAAUAAUUGGUGGUGCUGCAGGAGCUGUGGCUUUGGUGGGUAUAAUUAUGUUUCUCAUAUGGUUGUACCUUUAUCAUAAUCAAAGUGUUUCAAGAAAUUCAGGCACAGGUUCUUCUGAUCAAUCUGUUCAAGCAGGUAGAAAUGUUGGGAUUGAGUUACCAGUACGAGAAGUUAGGCCUUUUGCUAUAGAAGAAUUGUCUCAAGCAACAAAAAAUUUUAGUGACAAAAACUUGAUUGGGGAAGGAAAAUUUGGAGAGGUAUAUAAGGGUUUGCUACAGGAUGGGAUGUUGGUAGCUAUAAAAAAGCGACCUGGGGCACCUAGUCGUGAAUUUAUUGAUGAGGUACACUUCCUUUCAUCUAUUCAUCACCGGAAUCUUGUGACACUUCUGGGUUACUGUCAGGAAAAUAAUUUACAGUUUCUUAUAUACGAGUAUAUACCUAAUGGAAGUGUUUCCAUUCACUUGUAUGGAACUGGUCAAGUUUCCCGUCAGAAGCUAGAAUUCAAGCAUAGACUUUCAAUAGCUCUAGGGGCAGCUAAAGGUCUGGCUCAUCUUCACUCCCUGAGUCCCCGUGUGGUACAUAAAGAUUUUAAAACAGCCAAUGUUCUUGUAGAUGAAAAUUUCAUAGCUAAGGUUGCAGAUGCCGGAGUUCAUAAUUUUCUUGGGAGAAGUGAUGUUGCAGGGCCAUCAUCACAAGUUACAGCUGAUGAGAUAUUCCUUGCCCCAGAAGUGAAAGAAUUCAGAAGAUUUUCUGACAAAAGUGAUGUGUAUAGUUUUGGAGUCUUCCUUCUGGAGUUAGUAAGUGGGCGGGAAGCAUCAGAUUCAUCGUCUUCAGAUCCUAGUAAGAAUUUGGUUGAAUUGGUGCAAAACUGUCAAGAUUUUAGCAACAUGUCAAGCAUCAUUGAUGCAAGACUAGGAAAUAGUUUCACAACUGAAGGUAUGGAAGAUUUCAUACGAUUGAUAGUCCGAUGCCUGGAUCAUUCAAGUGAGAGGCGACCUUCAAUGAGCUAUGUUGUAAUGGAACUUGAUCGAACAUUGGAGAAAGAAAGGAGCUUGACAACAGUUAUGGGGGAAGGAACCCCAACAGUGACCCUUGGAAGCCAGUUAUUUAGAGCUACAAAAUGAACUGAAUUUGUUUGCCUCUGAAGUAUUUGAGUGCGGUUUUUGUGAAAUAAAUUUUUUUGUCUCUUUCUUUUAAUUUUUAAUUUUUUUGGAAACAAGAGAAAGAAGUUCAGCUGUUUGAUAAGUGUAUAAAGAACAGCGGCAUUUUGUUAUUAUUUUGUUUCUUCAUUUCUUCCAUUAUAAAUGUAAUGAAAAUCUUAUUGUAAACCAUAAAAUUGUUGUUAAUAUAAAAAGUGAAGCUUGGAGUUGGUGUGAUUUCUAAUAA